AUGCUAUCACCCGCUCAAGUACCCCUCCCAUCGUCACCAUCAUCUACAACCGCAUCUCGACGAUCAUCCUCCUCGGCCCCCUUUCAUCCUUCACCUCUCUCUUCACCGUAUACAGCCUUCCGGCCUCGACUGGAUCGUAAUCCCACUUCUCUAACCAUCCGUCAGGAGGUAAUUGAUCCCUUUAAGGAAGGAUCAAUCAUCAGUGUCAAUCAGCCUGUAGGGUCGAUAUCGAUCAGUCCGAAUAGUCGAGAUGUCUGUCUAGCUUCAAGGAAAGGUCUGUAUAUUUUGGAUUUGGUAAAUCUAAAUAAUGCACCGAGGUUUAUACCGCAGGGUGGGACUUGGCAGAUCGCAGACGUCCAAUGGUCCCCUCAUCCCUCAACAUCCAACCUAAUCCUCUCCACCUCAUCACAGAAACUGCUCGUAUGGGAUUUAGGUGCCCAGAAAUCCUUAAAGAAGAGUAUCGACGCGCAUGCUCGAGCAAUUACUGAUAUCAAUUGGCAUGCUCUCAAUCCGAACCUCAUGGCGACCGUGUCGAUGGAUGCGGGAAUACGAGGAUGGGAUUUAAGGUGUUGGGAUAGACCGUUCAUGCGUCUUUGUGCGUGGGGAGCGGCAGGUACUCAGGUCAAGUGGAACAGAAGGAACGAGUUUAUAUUGGCUACGGCUCAUAACAACUUGGUGCAGAUUUGGGAUAAUAGAAAAGGUUCGGUACCGCUCACUACUAUCAAUGCGCAUGGGUCUAAGAUAUAUGGUAUUGAUUGGGAUAGAAGGGAUAGGGAGAAAUUGGUUACUUGUUCACUUGACAAAACAAUCAAAUUCUGGACCGUACCCGAACUAGGAUCAUCUUCAUCAAGCAUCAUCGACUCUGAUCCAUUGACAAAUGUCAACCCACCCGAUAAACCCACUUCGAUCAUCACCACUUCCUAUCCCGUCUGGCGGGCACGUAAUCUACCCUUCGGUCGAGGUGUCCUGUCCUUGCCACAAAGAGGAGAACAGGCCCUUGAGCUAUUUGCGCCUGAUGAUGAUUCGCCAGUAGAGCGCUUUGAGGGUCAUGAGAACGUCGUGAAAGAUUUCGUGUGGCGUGUACGAGGAGGGGACAACGCUUCGUUCGAUGAUAGGGAUUUCCAACUUAUCACAUGGGGCAAAGAUCGUACUUUGCGUAUAUGGCCGGUCGAACGUGGUAUAAUGGAGAAAGUAGGAUAUCGAUAUGGUAGUACAAUCGAUAUGUUGGUUUCAAGAAGGGGAGCAGCAGAUAUAACUUAUACUGUUGACCCUUCAGCUUCUGAAGAUGUGGAAGAUAAUGUAAAGUUACCACCACCAGUUGUCAAUCCAAGUAAUAUAACCAGACAGAAGUUAACUCAGAAUCAAAAUAAAGUGAAUGAAGCUGGUAUGACGAGAGGUGGAAAUAAAGUAAGAGGAAUGGACCAAUUGGAAUGGUUAACGAAAGUUGUAAAGACCGCUCCAUCACCUGAAGCGUCAACUGUGCCAAGUAGAAUUGGAUCGGUCAGUAGGAAUCCAAGUAGGAGUAGAGGUCAGAGUGUAGAAGGUACGAGGAACGAAUGGAUAACGUUGAAAGAUGAAUUGGUCUUGUUGAAUAAACUGUUCCCUAGACCUAAAAUCAAUUUUGAAAAGAUCGAUCUGGCUCAACGUAGAUUGACAAUGUCGAUGCAAGGACCAUGGGCGAAUGGCGAUAGAAUGGCUUUCAUCAGGAUCCAUUGGUCUUUCCCGCCAAACUACCCUUUCGGACCUGAAAUACCUACUUUCGAAUUGGAACGAAAUCCCACCGUAUCACCUAUCACGAGACAGAUCAUCGUCACUACCAUCCAGGAAAGACGAGCGCAUAAUAGGCAAUGUCUGAUAUCCACGACUGGCUUCUUACUUGGUUCACACGAAAGAAUUGGAAGAAGGUUGAUUGACGAGGAAAGUGAUUCCGAGAGUGAAAAGGGCGUGGAGAAUCAGAGAUUGGGUAAUGUCCCGAUGUUGAUACGAACUUGUGGUGCUACUUUCGGGCCUAAUGGCCAAUUAGUCUGUUUCUUCCCUAAACAAGUUAUUUUACCGCGGACACGAAUAACCUCCAGAUCACCAUCCAUCACUCGAGAUAUCAAUCCUUCACCGAUGAUCAAAGCUAUCACUGCCUUGGCGAGAUUACAAAAUCCCCACAAAAGGAAUUCAGUAAGGUAUAAACCGCGCUUGAGAAAGUUCGAGAAUGUCGCUCCAACACAGGUCCAAGCUGGAUCGACGAUGACGAUACAUGACGUUUCGUACUAUUCUCAACUCCAUGCUGGACUGGCUAAAGUUUACAGUACCACCUCUGUCGAGAACAAUCUCCGACAUGCUCUUGAUGCUAAGAAACUUGAUCAUGCUGAAGUGUGGUCGACUCUCAGAGGGGUGUUAUCUGAUCCUCCUCCACCGGCUUACUCGGCUCUACCACCUCCUAUGGCUAAGGUGGGUGAUAUAAGGAGGCAAAGAUAUGACUGGGAGAAAUCGAUGGUGAGAAAGAAGAAAGUAGUUGAUCAGAUGUUCACGAUACUACUCGCCGAAAGGAAUUUCCAACUUCUGGCCUUGGUAUCUUGCAUACUGCUCAACCACGAAAGGACAACAUAUAUCCCUCCACCAGCAGAGACUGUAAUCAGUCGUAGUCCAGAACAAGACUAUUUCACCUUACCUCGAUUCACCCAUUCUCAUAUAACCCCCACUCGACAACGCACGGCCGGUGGAGGUGGUUCACUACCACAUAGCCCAACUACCAAUUCGAGUUUCAGAAAUUCAGGUUGGUCUCAGAUGCUAAAUCCUUCUGCGAUAUCUCUAAGGGGAGCUUUAACUCCUAAAGAAAGGAGCUCAUUUUCGGAUUUGCCUUUCUCAAAAAACCAAAGCCAGAUCCAAACUCCGGGUAGUUACAGUUACGAAGAUGUUUCUUCACCUACUGGAGGUGUGUUCAUACCUACACCUGCAUCUGGGUCGGGUAUAGUAGCUGUAGGAGGUACGAAGAAAGUGGAGAGUCCUCGACUAAAAGAUAAAGACAAGGAAAAUGCCAGUGGAAUUGUUAGACCCAAAAUGGCACCGUCCAUCUCGGCAUCUGCUUCUCCACCUAUCAUCACACCUCUCAAAAGCUCUGGUACAGAAAGAUCGUAUACUAGUGAAACGAACACGAACAAACACAAGGUAUCUUUUGGGUCUGCUUCGCCGCUAGCUAAGGGGUCGAUGACGAGAGCGGGGACUGCUCCGCCACCUUCAACAGGACAUCAUACGAGUGGCUAUAAUACGCCUGCUGGAUAUGAUGCACAGACCCCGAAUGGAUCGACGGGAGGAGCUCCAGGGAAGAGGAUGAUUACAGGAUGUGCGAUAAGGUUGGAUUUCCCAGGGGAUGAUAGUCCACCACUUUCCCUCCUCUCGGAAGAUAUCAGACCCCAAUGCGAACUUUGGAAGCUCUCCUAUGCUGAUUUCUUACUACGUAUGAACUUGCUUGAAGUCCGAACCGAAUUGAUGAAUUACCAAUUCACGAAAGCCACCGAUUUGUGGAGUGUUAGUAAAGCUGCAAGUGGAGUUAAGGUGUUAGAAGAGAAACGGAAAACCGGUUCUAUCAGUUUGGAUGAUAACGGAUUACAUUCCCAUGCUCAAGUUUGUAUAUCGUGUUCGGGUCAUAUAGAAGGGAGUUGUCCGAGUUGUAACAAACAGCCCAAGAAGGCAUUGUGUUCCUACUGUAGAUUACCUAUAAAAGGCCUAUCAAUGGGAUGUUCCAUCUGCGCACACAAACUACAUUCCAAAUGCUUUAAACUCUACUUCCUCUCACCCAUCACGACACCCAUGACAUGUCCUUCAUGUUCAUGUUCAUGCCUUGCUCAUAGAGGUAUAUCCACACCUUAUUAUUCGAUAUUCAUAAAUACCAAACCCUCGCCAUCCAUCACCAGAGGAUUCGCAAGAGGCAAUAUUAUCACACCUGUUUCACCUCCUUCCCUCAAUACUUCCGAAGGAGGAAGAGGGAGAGUAACGUAUGCUAGUCUAGCCAAAUUGGGAAGUAUAAGAGAAGGUCUGGGUAUAACCAGUACUCAUACAAAUACGAACACCAACAGCAAUGCGACUUUGAGUAUGGAUCGGUCAACGUCGAACUCAGGCAUUGGACUAGGAGGCGCAUUAGGCUUAAGUCCCGAAGGUGACGAUACCGCUGGACAAGGACAGGGGAAAGAUGGACAGAAGAAUGAGGGAUUGUUGGCGAGAGCCAGAUGGGGCGAUGGAGGUUUACUGCAUUGGAAAGGUCAUGGAUAG